AUGGCUCCCUUAGCCGACGUCGGGGGCUUCCUAGGCGGCCUGGAGGGCUUGGGCCAGCAGGUGGGCUCCCACUUCCUCCUGCCUCCGUCCGGGGAGAGGCCGCCUCUGCUGGGCGACCGCCUGGCGCAGGUGGAGAGGGGCUCCCGAGGGGGCGCGGCGGCGUCGGGGGCCACGGAGCUGGCGCACUUGCAAGGCAUCCUGCGCCGGAGGCAGCUCUACUGCAGGACGGGCUUCCACCUGCAGAUCCUGCCCGACGGCAGCGUGCAAGGCACUCGGCAAGACCACAGCCUCUUCGGUAAGGCUCCUCACUCUUUCCCCUUCCUUCCUUCCUUCCUUCCUCCCUUCCUUCUUUUCUUCCCUCUCUUUCCAAGCAGGCUUCGCUCCCUUCCGCGGCUUCUUCCCCCACCUUCUCCCCUUGCGACGGAAGCAUCCUAUAGCAACAGAUGGUAUAGCAACGGACCUCUGGCUUAAAGGCAUAAACCGCUUUAAAUCCGGGCUAGGACCGCGGCAAAGGGAGCCAGCUUAGCUCCAGGUGAUGCUGGAGACAAGAGCUUGAGGGAAUUAGGGGGGAAAGGGGCAUCAUUAGAAUCGUAGAAUUGGAAGGGAUGCCGAGGAUUAUCUAGUCCAACCCCUUGCAAUGCAGGAAUCUUUUGCCCCAACCCGUGGCCCUGAAAUUAAGAGUCUCAUACUCCAGCAUCUGUUUGCAAGGCUUUGUUUGGAGCAACAACCUUUUUUGGGGGAAAAAGAAGGGCCUUGUAGGCAUGAAGUAACAAUAGAUUUCCUUGAGCAUGUGCAGAGUGCCAUUCCGGCACCACUGACAGUUGCAUCCCAUACUGUGCAGCAGAUAAACGUUGUGGGUGGAAUCCUUGCAAGAAAUAGCGUUGCACCUGAAAACUGCAAUGGGCCACAGUUUCCAUGUCAAUAGUUAUUCUCAUGGUGGUUGCAUGCUAUUUUGGACACAGGUGUGCUUUCCUGCAGGAAGUAGGUAAUUAGUUGGUGUGGAUGAGAAGAGAGGGCUUCCAGGUCAGAGCGUGCUGCCCUAGAGAGCCUCAGGACCUCUCCCUUUAGAAAGGAAACGCCAUAUGUAUUUGCUCAGUCAUCUGCACCGCUUGUAUGUAGGCAGCAUGUGUGUGUGCAUAUGCGGAAAUACAGAGACAUAUCACAGCGGCAUACCUGGACACACUGCUCUGGCUGAGGGGAGGAAGAGGGCGUGUCAAUUCCACCCUUUCACUCUGAUCUUUGCCAGCGCUUUGAUUUUUCUUCUAACAAAUGAAUGUAGGUCUUGCCUUCCUUAAUUGUUUGCAAUGCAGCCCUGCCCUUUGCUACCUGUGUAUUAAGCCCCAUGCGUUCCAGUGGGAGUUAGGCAUACGCAAAUGUGUGCAAGACUGCACUUUAACAAGACGCUGCUGUGCAAAGUGGAACUGAACUGUGCUGGUCCUGCAUAAACAACAGCAGCUAAUGUUGUUUCAUGUCUAUUUAGCUCUGCUGUGCCAGGCACUGUAUCCAACAGAACAGGCCGCCUGCCUGCCUUAAGAGCAGUGAGGAGACUGUGAGUCUAUGGCUGUAUUCCUGCGAAGAUAGUUUGAUUCUCUUCCCAACAGCCCUAUAGAUUUUUUACUAUGCCCAUUUCGUAGAUUGGAAAAAGAAGGCAGGGUGACUAGAGGAAGGCCAACCAUUGAGUUUAUGGCAUAGCAGGUGUCUCCCAGGUCCACACAUGACCUGGCACACUAGCCAGUAGUCUGAUAACUUGCUACAUCUCUGACCUGUAUUAGUAGUAGUCGUAAUAAUAAUAAUUUAUUAUUUAUACCCCGCCCAUCUGGUUGGGUUUCCCCAGCCACUCUGGGCGGCUUCCAACAAAACAUUAAAAAUACAUUAAAACAUCAGUCAUUAAAAACUUCCCUAGUUUGAAGGUUUGAAGGGCUGCCUUCAGAUGUCUUCUAAAUGUGAGGUAGUUGUUUAUUUCUUUGACAUCUGAUGGGAGGGCGUUCCACAGGUUGGGCGCGACUACCGAGAAGGCCCUUGCUCUGUUUAGGAUUCAAGUUUCCUCCUCCUCCUUCUCUGGCGAUCACUCGGAGCCGAGUAAGAUUGUCUUCCAUGAACACGGUCUUAGCAGUGUGUCCAUAGGUAACUGUGGAGGCCAGUUCUGGAUCUGUGCAUCCUUCCACAUGGUGAGGGUUUGCCAAAUGUGCCUUCCUCUUAGCUCGUUUCUCCCUUUUGCGCUGAGUUCGAGUGUCUUCAAAGUCCAUGACACCUUUGGUAAAGGCUGUUCUCCAAUUGGAGUGCUUGCAGGCCAGUGUUUCCCAAUUAUCUGUGUUCAUACUACUUUUUUUAUAGAUUUGCCUUGAGAGAGUCUUUAAACCUCUUUUGUUGACCGCCAGCAUUAUGCUUUCCAUUUUUAAGUUGGGAAUAGUGUAGCUGCUUUGGAAGUCGAUAAUCAGGCAUCCAAACAACAUGACCAGCCCAACGAAGUAGAUGUUGAAGAAUCAUUGCUUUGACACUGUGCCUUAAUGACAACAGGAGACUUAAUGCAAGAUUGGGAAAGGUUGCUUAAUUUGUAAGAGCAAACAAAAAGGGGCAGAUUGUAGGAAGCACAGCCUUAUCUGAGGAAACCUGCUACUGUUGGCAACCAUGGAGGGGUUUGAACAGACACAAAAGGCCAAUGGAGAGGUUUUCUAUCAGGUUUCCCAUAGUCAAAACAACCCAUUGCAAAAGGUUCUUAACUGAUUUUGCAACACACACUGGAAACAUCAAGGUUUCCAGACUGAACAGAACGUCAGUUCAGCAGAGUUCUGCACAGAAGGGAAAUUUCUUACAGCAUGUAAACACAGAAUAAUUACCUCCAAAGAGAGAGAGAGAGAGUUUGAGAUCGAGAUCAAACAUUCUUGGUGCUUCUUUAUUCUAUCGCCAUUCUCAAUAGGUUUGUCUGAUGUGGUGUCUUUGUGGAUUGAAUCACCUGCUUAUUAUGAAUUGGAGCGGGGGAGGGGAGUUUUUCUUUGAAAAUGAUAUCAGAAAGGCAGAAUACCUCCCAUGUCUUUCAAUGGAACUUUGAAUAUUGGGAACUCCGAAAUCUCUGAUGAUUUAUUUGCAGUCGGAAGAUUUAAUAUCUGAUCUUUGUAGAAGAUUUGGCUGGGCUGCCACUCAGCAUUACACAAACCAAGACCCUGGCAACUUUCAAUUAAAACUCCCAAGGCUGCAAAUGAUAGAACAUUCAUUAUCUUGCUUUGAGAGUUCGGAAAAUAAAACAGCAUUGAUAAAUACAGAAGAAAGAUUCAAAGCUAUGCCUAAAAUCAGAUGGCAAUAUUUCAAAGGGGGGGGGGGAAGCCAUGGUUUUUAAAAGCAUUUAUCAAAAACUUCCUUUCCAACAAUCCAAAUAUUUGAUUACUGUUAUUAUUUAACAGAGAAUGGGAUAGCCUAGCCAAAGUUGCACUUAUAAGUUCCACUGAUUUCAGCUGCAGAGACUUGGGCACAUGCUUAACACUCUUGUUGAAAUCAAUGAAGUGUCAAAGGGCUUAGUUUAGGCCGGAUCGUGCCUAGUCUUUGAACCAUUAUAACUCAGGGAUACACCUUUUGAGGGUGUUCUGUGCUAUAACAAAAUAUUACAGUUAGAUUUUGCAUAGCUAAGUCUCUGUCUGCCUUUGGCAAUAUUUUAUAACUGUGUCUUCACCGCAAUGUGCAUGGAAGUUGAAAACAAACGUUUGUUUUUCUCAAUGCAGGUAUCCUUGAAUUCAUCAGUGUGGCCGUGGGAUUAGUCAGUAUUCGAGGGGUGGACAGCGGCCUUUACCUUGGAAUGAAUGAAAAAGGAGAACUUUAUGGCUCUGUAAGUAUUACCAUUGUAUCACUCAGCUUGUGCUAUAAGCUCAGAUUUCCUGUCGACUUGAUCUGUUAUAGCCACUGGCAAUUUUGCUGCUGGUGUCAGAGAAAGUUGGAUCAUACCCAUUUAUUAUUAUCUUUUCCUAUCACCUAGUGCCGGACCAUUCUGCAUGCAAAGAUAUGCUCUGUCUCUGAGCUAUGCCCCUUCCCCAGAUGUCAGGCCAGCUUCCCUGGCUGCUACCAGCAGAGUUAAAGGAGUCAUUGGGUGCACUUUUCAUUCAUAUGCAGUGGCAAUCUGGUUCCAGCCAGCCUGGCCCAGGUGCUCAUGUGAAUGACAUUUAGUUCUGAGGGAAGAAAGAAGUCCAAUUUGCAAGGAGUGAGGGGACAAGGGAGUCUUAGUAUUGUUAAUCUACAACAGCCUUAGCCAACCCAGGUGCCUUCCAAAGGUUUUGGACUUACAACACCUACUAGCUGCAGCCAGGGCUGAUGGGAGUUGUAGUCCGAAAGGGCAACUAGGUUGGCAAAACUGGUCUAGGAGUCCAGACAGUUUUGUAAAGGGGUUCAGUAGCUAAUAUUUUCCUUCAAAUUUCAAUCUUGCGAAGCAAGUCAUGCUCCGAGUUCACUCUCUGUUCACCAAAAUAAAGAGAGAGAGAGAAUGAAGGAGUUGUACACAUAAAUACCAGAGCAUAGACUGCCGGCAGUGAAAUUUGCUGCUCCAUUGUGAUUCAGCCGGUGGAACUCUGGGGUGUUCUUUCUUUCUUUCUUUCUUUCUUUCUUUCUUUCUUUCUUUCUUUCUUUCCUUGUUAAUAAAAUAAUCAUCUUAUAUUCAGGCCAAUUAAGUACAGUGGUACCUCGGGUUACAGACACCAUGGGUUACAAACACUUCGGGUUACAAACUCCGCUAACCCGGAAGUAGUACCUCGGGUUAAGAACUUUACCUCAGGAUGAGAACAGAAAUCACGUGGCGGCAGUGGGAGGCCCCAUUAGCUAAAGUGGUACCUCAGAUUAAGAACGGUUUCAGGUUAAGAAUGGACAUCUGAAUGAAUUAAGUUAAUAAUCAAAGGUAUCACUGUAUAUCCCCAAUUCUUCCCUUUGACUCUUUUAUUAAAGCAAUGGAUCUAUCGCUUCUCUUCUGGAAGCAUAGGGGUUAUACUGUAUUGGCCCAAAUAUAAGCCUCACCUGCAAAUAAGCCACACCUUUAAAAUUCAAGGGGGGAAAAGAAAACAAGACAAUAUCCUAAUAUUAGUAGCUCCCUUAAAAUUCCACAGGCACUCACACCCAUUCCGUUUUACCCUAAGUCUGUUUCAGCAGCGACAUCAUAAAAGCCAAAUUUUGUAAGGUCGUGAAUUUAAGCCAUGCUUUAACUUUUCACGGUCAGAAUUUGGAAAAAAAGUGUGGCUUAUAUUCAGGCCAAUAUAGUAAUCCGAGGUGAGGAGGGUUAGGGGUAUUGCUAGAUCCUUAAAAUGGCACAAAUAGGCCCAUGGUACAAAUCUGCAUAAAAAUGUACCUGCUGAUUUAUAUGUAUCGAUGCACAUUUAGACUGACUUUUAGAGGGAAAGCUGCCUUGUAAGCAAAAUUCAUUUUUAAAAGCUUUUAUUCCAAAAACAAUUUUUUGGGGGGUGGCCUAAGAACAGUCGUUGCCUAAAGGAUUAGUUAGCGCUUAUCUGGGCAAGUUAAAGGAAAGCUGCUUUUGAGAGAUGCCACCUUUGAGGCAUUUACUUAAUCAGAUUUCUCACCUCUGUGUUUAUUCCUAAAAUUUCCACAGGAGAAGCUGACUCCUGAAUGUGUCUUCAGAGAACAGUUUGAAGAGAACUGGUACAACACAUACUCCUCCAAUGUGUACAAGCAUGGGGACUCUGGCCGGCGGUACUUUGUGGCGCUAAACAAAGACGGCAGUCCCCGAGACGGGGCGAGGUCCAAAAGACACCAGAAAUUCACCCAUUUCUUGCCCAGGCCAGUGGAUCCAGAACGAGUACCAGAGCUCUACAAGGAUGUCUUAGUAUUCAGCUGA